UUCGGGGACCGCACCCGAGAACCUGGCAGCCUUCCGGCAGCAGUCGUCCCUGCUGUCGUGCUUGCAGCAUCGGUCCUGCUUUUUUUUCUGAUACUGUAUGCUAAGGCCGAAGCUCCGCAGAUGUGCAUACACGAUCCUCUGGGCAGACCACUGAACCAGUAAAGCAUGUUCAAUCGACAUGAACUACCCGAUGCUCCGAUGGAAAGGAGCCAACAAAUAGCCAAUCAGCGGCUCAGGCUUUUGGACAAGCAGCUCCAAGCCGAGCCGUUCAGCAAGUGGCGGGGCAGGCAGCAGAGAGACUCGGCCUGGCCAUCCCUACCAGCUGCCGUCCCUGCUGCGGAAUCCAGCUUCGAGAGUCAACUUUGUAUCAUCUGUCUGGAUGCGAUACAAGAUACGACUCUGAUUAGAGCUCUGACAUGUCAGCAUAUUUACCACAAGGCGUGUUUUGACAAGUGGUUCGAGCGGGAUCAUGACGUGUGUCCUCUAUGCCAGAGAAGAGUGCUGUACGAUAAAGCCCCCGAAGUCACCGUUUAGCAGGACUGGCAUGAGAAAUCCUUGUAACGUACAAUAUAGUUGCGCUGUUAUGUGUGAGGAAUAAAUUUUGGGG